UCGUCUUCACCCUCGUCACAAUCAUCUUUGUAAGUCUCCGACGUCGGUCCCUACUCCAAGGGUACCAAGCCAACCAGCUGACUAAAAUUUCUGGCAGUUACCGCUGUCGUUCAUUUCCAGCUUCUUCGCCCUCGACAUCGAUGUCUUUCCCAAGAAUCCGGAAGGUGACACGACAUGGCCGAUUGGUGAAGUGUCAGGAUACUUAUUUGGAUUAUCUGCCUCCAUUUUUAUUCCCCUAGUAUGCCUAGCGCUCUACGUGAACGAUAUUAUAGCUCGCUGGCGAAAGGCUCGGAAAUGGCUUGGGGAGGAGGUUGGACAUCUAGAGCGUCCUCCACCCCUGGACGAUAUGAACCAGACAGAACACGAUUCAGAUUUCGAAGGUCCCGGGUUGGGCCGCCCUACGAGACUUCCACCCGUCCAGAUUAUCGAAGUGAGCGACACAUCAUCAAACACCAGCUCCGUCCACGCCCCUUUGUUUGGAAGAUUCAUGUUUCAUUCCAAGAUUCCGGUGCUCCGAGCACUAUGGCGGUACAGGUACUACAGACGAUCGAAAAGCAUCGGCAUCGACGGAUGGAACGACACAUACAAGAGAGACUAUCUGCUACGUUACUUCAGCAAGAAGGUGCGUAAGGCCAUACGACAUUUCAUUCGUCGCUGGUUGCGAAAGAUGGGCAAGCCAGUUCGCAAGAUGCGGAAGAUGAAGAGGGCCAGGGACAGACGGCGAGCUAGGGCUAGAGGAUCUGGAAACGACAGCGACUCAGGCACAGGCUGGUAUGGCAGCGGCUCUUCGUCCACAGUCUCGACCACCAGCGCUACGACGAGUAGCGAUAACAGCUCUUCGAAUUCCGGGACUUCUCGGUCUGUUCGGACCUCUCGAUCUCCUCGUCGGCGCCGACGCCGACUUACGAGGUGGUUCCGCAGACGCCGGGCCAGCACUUCGUCCGAAGUGACCCAUACGUCGGUGACUAGUUACGGCAACUCAGGCGGUAGCGGCUCCGAGACAUCCCGCCGCCGAAGUAAGAAGAAGGCGAAUGCACACGAAGGAGUGCUCGGGGCCGUCAUGGGAUUGCCGGGGCUCCUCCGCCGCAGGUUAGUGGGCAAGCCGGCGAGAGAGGGAAGCAAUGGGUCUGGCAUGAGGGGGACAGUUACAGCUUCCACGGCUUCGGGCAGCUUGGACAACCGGCCCCGGACCAGGUCAACCAGAUCAACCAGAUCGGGAGGGAGCCCGCCCUCGCCAAAGCAACCCGGCGCUGGGGAAAAAGAAAACAAGGAUUUCCAGAACGGAGAAAAGCAAGAGACAGAAGAUGUAGCAGCGGGCGCGCCCCCGUCUCCGCCGGUCCCUUUGCCUCCGUCUCCGUCGGUCCCUUCGCCUCCGUCUCCGCCCGUCUUGCGGAAUGCCUUUCAGCGGCUCGUGAUUCGCCGUAAGGGCCGGGCUAAGAGCCCCGAUACCGAGACGGGAGCCCGCCGAUCUAAGCGUUCUUAGACAAGUUUGUCCUUAAAUGAAGUCCGGGUCGCUCGGAGGCAACCUGAACUAGUACUGUCAAGGCGCCGAAAUUUGCCUCUCCUGA